CAGUCGAAGGACCCCGCGUGUGACGUAUUAAUCCGUCGCCGGCUUGCGGUGAGUCUCGGGUCAGAUCGGAGGUAGUCUGGAGGACGGUGAACCAUGGCCCUGAGGGUGGUCCGCCUGCUCGUCCCGUCGGGAGCGAAUGCUCUCAGAGCCCCGGGUGUUGUUCAGAAGGCCGGUGUUCACACCAGCUCCGUGAGGAGCCUGCAGUACGGCUGGUGGUCCUACGCUCUGGGAGAGAGGACGACGCCACGGUUAAAGCGCUCCAGCAAAAUCAUUUCUGUGGAUGGAAACUUGGCCUCGGGCAAAGGAGCGCUGGCCCAAAAACUGGCCGACAAGCUGGGGAUGCUCUACAUGCCCGAGCCUGACACCUUCUACAUGGAUAAGAUGACGGGCGAGAAGGGGCCGCUCCCCCUCGACUAUAAUGGAAUGUGCAGCCUGGAGAAGUUCUACCUGGACCCCAAAGCUGCUGAUGGGAACAGCUACAGGCUGCAGCUGUGGAUGUACACCAUGAGGCUGCUGCAGUACUCUGACGCCCUGGAACACCUGCUCACCACAGGUCAGGGAGUCAUCCUGGAGCGCUCCCCCUUCAGUGACAUGGUCUUUCUGGAGGCCAUGCUCAAACAUGGCUACAUCAGGAAGGAGUGUGUGCAGCACUACAACGAGGUGAAGCACAUCAGCAUCUGUGAGUUCCUGCCCCCUCACCUGGUGAUCUACGUGGACCUGCCGGCUGAGGAGGUGCAGAAGAAGCUGAAGCAGAGCAGCAAGUCCUACCUGCACAACGUGCCCCUGUCGUAUCUGAAGAGCGUCGAGGAUUCCUACAAGAAGACUUUCCUGCCUCAAAUCAGAGAAACAUCAGAGCUUCUUGCUUACGAUGCGACUCAGGCUCAGGAGGUGGAAAGGGUGUGCGAGGACAUCGAGGAUCUGAAGUUUGAGAAGGGGCCGUGGUUGGAGCAGGACGACGUCACCUUCCACCACCUGAGGAUGCUUGUGGAGGACAAACACGAGGUGGCGUCGAUGACCCACAUCCCCAGGUUCCUGCCAGAGAUCACCAUCGGAGCCCACGACUUCGACCAGAAGUACUACGCCUACAAAUCGCUCCCUGGGAAGAAGUACGCCACUGGUUAUAAUGCAGAUGUUGGAGACAAGAACAUCUGGCUGAAGUGAAUCCCACUGACUGCUGAUCCCUCUCUGUUGCACAUCCUAAAUAAUAUGUAUGUAUUAAAGAAAUAAAACAUUUUCAAUCUAAA